CCCUCCCCCCUUCCCGUCCCCACCCCCUCGGCCGCUCCGCUCCCUGGCGUGACUCGGCACUGAGAGUCCCGGAGAAGACGCCGCGGUCGCCACCUCUUGCGAUCGGGCCUCGGCCUUCCUCAGCCUCCCCCUCUUCCUCUCCCGGGUCGCCUUCUUCAGUUUUGAAGCCGGUGGCGUCGCGGCCGUCCUGCCGGGCUGAGAAUGGUGGGAGUGAAGCCGGUCGGGAGCGACCCGGAUUUCCAGCCGGAGCUGAGCGGCGCGGGCUCCAGACUCGCCGUGGUCAAGUUCACCAUGCGAGGCUGUGGACCAUGUUUAAGGAUUGCCCCAGCAUUCAGUUCUAUGAGUAAUAAGUAUCCACAGGCAGUUUUCCUGGAAGUAGAUGUACAUCAGUGUCAGGGAACAGCUGCCACCAACAAUAUAUCAGCAACACCUACAUUUCUGUUUUUUCGAAACAAAGUGAGAAUUGAUCAGUAUCAAGGAGCAGAUGCUGUUGGAUUAGAAGAAAAAAUCAAGCAGCACUUAGAAAAUGACCCUGGAAGCAAUGAGGACACAGAUAUUCCAAAAGGCUAUAUGGAUUUAAUGCCUUUUAUUAACAAAGCUGGCUGUGAAUGUCUUAACGAAAGUGAUGAGCAUGGAUUUGACAACUGCUUACGAAAAGAUAUGACCUUCUUGGAAUCUGAUUGUGAUGAACAGCUACUUAUUACUGUGGCAUUUAAUCAACCUGUUAAGCUUUAUUCAAUGAAAUUUCAAGGGCCAGAUAAUGGUCAGGGUCCUAAAUAUGUAAAAAUUUUUAUCAAUCUACCCCGAUCUAUGGAUUUUGAAGAAGCAGAAAGAAGUGAACCAACUCAGGCUCUGGAACUCACAGAGGACGACAUUAAAGAAGAUGGUAUUGUCCCACUUCGUUACGUUAAGUUUCAGAAUGUUAACAGUGUAACUAUAUUUGUUCAGUCCAAUCAAGGUGAAGAGGAAACAACAAGAAUUUCAUAUUUUACUUUUAUUGGUACACCAGUCCAGGCAACAAAUAUGAAUGACUUCAAACGAGUAGUUGGCAAAAAAGGAGAAAGCCACUAAGGUACAAAAGACACUGGAAGACCAUAUUGCAAUCAGAUCUACAGCUCCUGGAUAAUUGCUUGAUUCUCAUCAGAGACUGUCAAUAUUCCAUUCAUUGCCAUUACCAAUAAAUCAUUGCUUUUGUUUGGAUGGUAUCACUAGUGUUUUUAUUGUAAUCUUGAUACAUGCAAUUGUAAAUAAAAGUCACUACUUUUGCCAAGCUUAAUUUUUGUCAUUUUAAAGAAGUAUUUUCUCUCUUCAUUUGUUUGAAAAUUGUCACACUUCUUAUUUUAGAAGGGACUUACGUGUCUGCUAGUGUAUUGAUUGAAAACCAGUUUCUUUCUGUAGGGGAGCAAGAGUGCUUUAGGGAAUUGGGGAGUGCGUGUGCACUCACGUAUACACACACAGCAAGCGAUUUUGAUAAAUGAACUUGGAACAGCUAAGUAUGUUAGAAUGAGUACUAGCUCCUAUGUUUAUUAAACAUUGGGUAUCUGAGCUAUAGAAAUUGCUCAAGUUAUAACCUACUAGAAACAAAUUUAACGAGAUUUAACAGUUCUCACUUUAAACUGUUAAUGGGACCAAAUCUUAAUCCCUUCUGGGUGACCUUUAAAAAUUUGGGUCCGCCAUUUUCUUUACUAGAAGAGGUAUGUUGAAAUCUGACCAUGGGGAAAAAUACAGUACUGUGAGUUCAUGCAGCAACAGGAAUUAAUACUUUUAAAUCAAGUAUUUAUUAUCUUAACUAUGAAAAGGUACAGUGUUCAUAUACAGAGAGCGUGAUUUAAGGUUGUAAAUGAAUUGGCCAAAUAAUGUGUUUGAAAGGUGCUUCUCAAAAGACUAACAAAACAUCUGUUACUUAUUACUGUUUUUAAUCUUAAAGCUAAUCUAGAAAGUAUUGGUAAAUUUAAUAUUUUAAUUUCUCUGUUUUUAAAAUUAAAUUUUAAUUUUAACUUCUGAAUAUUAAAAAUUCAGUGUUUGAAAAGUACACAGACGAUUAAUUUUGAUUCAGUUAAUACCUUUGAGGGCAUUUUUGUCUAGAAGAUUGGUAGUGAAUAGCAUUUUGCCUUUGGGAGAUCAAUGUAUACAUGUUUAUGAAAAAAUUAUGCAGAAGUUUUUGUUAAAACAGUCACUUUCUAAAACCCCCAGUGUCGUUGGAUCAUGUUUUAGUUCCUUUGUAUGUAAGCACAUUAACUGGUCUGUGGUAAUGUCUGUGUAUCUUAUGUAUUCAUACUUAACGUUGCCUUGGGCUGAGUAGGGAAAGUGCAAGAAAUAAAAAUUUAUAACAUUC